AUGGGCAACCUGCCAUGCCCCCACCGGCACGGCCGCGUCAGCGGCCAUGACGGGGCUAGUGGCAGUGGGGCAAGGCCUGCAAGGCGCAUUAGCAUCGCAGAAGUGGAGCAGAACGGAUGGCUCAUCAUUUUCGGCAAGGUCUACGAUGUGAAGGACUACAUGGCGAAGCACCCGGGGGGUCAAGAUAUUCUGCUUGGUGUUUUGGGCCGCGAUGCCACGGUGGAGUUUGAGACGAUGCGCCACUCCCAGAUCGCCCUGAAACAGUUGGAGCAGCUUCUCCUGGGCAGCUACGACACAGCCACCGACAGCAACCAGGACACGACCCAGCACGAAGGACUCAGGAAGUUGGGGCUCACUGGUGGCCGCGACGGCAGCGUGGCCGCCGAGUCGCUCUGGGAUGUGCGCUGCCGAGGCUUUCUGCCAGCAGCCGAUCCAGUGAAGGAGCUGCCGGCGCGCUGGGCCAAACUGGCACAGCUGACGGACUUCAUCCCGAGCUUUGGCGUGCAGGGGCGCUUCCGCGAAUUGGCCGCCGUGGAGUUGGAGAAGACCAUGCCAAAGACAUGGGAGGAGAACCGGCGAGCCAUUAGGGAUUUGUCGGAAGGUCAGCUCGAAUCCCUUCAUAGCAUGUUGGGGUACGUUUGCCUGGCCUACCUCCAUUCCCCUCCAGAGAUUUACGAGCAGGAUGCCGAACCUGUGAACAUCAUGAGCAGUUGUCAGCCCUUAGACACGCUGCCUCCCUGGCUGUCGCGGCCCUGGCUUUGCGUCAGCGAAAAGCUGGAGCGCCGACCCAUGCUGGACUAUGCGGGCUGCGUCUUGAACAACUGGGAGCGCAUCGACCCGCGGCGCCCGCUGGUGCCCUCGAACCUGCGACUGCUGCGACGCUUCACCGGCCUCGUGGAUGAGGAGUGGUUCUUCAAGACGCACAUCGUGAUUGAGGCGGAAGGGAGCCACGUGGUCAGCAGUUUGGAGGCCAUCAGUUCUGCCGUGCAGAACAGCGAUGAACGCAUCCUGCUGGAGGAACUGCGCUCGCUGGAGCAAAACCUAUGGAGGCUAUCCUCAGUAUGUUUGCCCAUCAUGUUCGCCCGCAGCCCGCGCGAUCACACGCUGCUCUGCGAACCCUUCCUGUUUUUCUUCCGCCUGCGGAACUACAUCAAGUCGCUAGAUGUCAAGAUGGAGAAAUCGUCCGAAGGAUCCGAUGUGGAAGAAUUCCACUUGCAUGGCCCCUCAGGUGCCAUGAGUUCAAUCCUACCCGCGGUGGAUGCCUUGCUGGGCAUCCGCAACACCUCGGUGGAACUGCGGGAGGCCGUGACGACCUUCGAGGACUAUGUUCCAAAAGCACACAGACUUUUCCUGGAACGGCUCCGAAAUGCGCCGCAAAACGUGAAGAGCUUCAUCGAGGAGAAGAAGGAACACAUCGAUGAGAGUACAUGGUUCGCCCUAGCAGCAGCCUUCAAUUCGUGCAUAAGUCGCGUCUUAGACUUCCGUUGGAGGCACUGGAGUUUCGUGGAGCAGUUCAUCGUCCGGCCAUCCUCGUCGACGGUCUCCGCCUCCAGCGUCAGCGUUUGCCCCGUGGCGGGCCGCAGCAGCACUGCGGCGGCUCCGCCGCCGGUGGGCACAGGAGGGACCACUUUCGACUAUCUGCAGCAGCACAUCACUGAUUCGCAGAUGGCUCGUAUUCCACUGGGCGUGACGGAUACGCUGCUGAGGUCCCCUGAGGUGGCCAAGAAGCUCCGCCCCGCCGUGGACGUCGAACUGGAACCGCUGGAUGGCCCGAGCCAUGGCUUCUGGGACCCCACCGGGCCCAACGGCUUCGUAUCGCACCGCAGCGCAUGCCUUGCUCAGUGGGGCAACAGGUUCCUCAAGGCCCCCUCCCCUGCAUGUAGGGCUUUGGUUCAUUUGGCGGGCAUCAUCCCCAAUGUGUGCUACACCUACCCUGGCUUAGAGCACAUGGAGGAGAGCUCCAGUUACGUCCAUCCCUUCAUCUCCAAAUGCGAGAGUUUCCGCGAAGUGCUGACUGGACUUCAGGUGGACGCAAUGGCGGUUCAGGAUCAGGAACACGCCUGGCUUCUCCUGACCUUCGUUUGCUGCGCCUAUCGCAGCGCUGUGUCCCACGUCCGCCACGGCACGCGCCAUGGGACUGACGCGCGGUGUUCCGCGGAGCCACGCCGCGCUUCGGCCCUGCGGAAGUUGCCCCCGUGGCUUUCCGCGUUGAUCCUCCACUUCGAAGAGCUGCUGGGCCGUGAGUGGCAUGGCUCGCCGGAGUAUAGCGAGCUCGUCCUCAACAACUGGGCCAGUUCUCAAGAGUCUCCGCAUGACUUCAUCAUUUCGCGCGAGACGAUUCAUCAAGUGCAACCCAUUGCACGCUUCAUCGCCACUCCUGAUGAGGAGUGGUAUCGAAAGCUGCACCUGGUCCUGGAAGCGGAGGGCGGCCGCGCCAUAAGCGCGGCGCACAAGACCAUUCAGCCGGCCAUCGCCAUGCGAGACACCGGGGCGGUCAUCGCAGCCUUGACUCAACUGGCCCAGGACGUGGCGUCCUUGUCGAAUUUUCAGAUGCAGCAGUUCGAUCAGAAGGACAGUCGUGGAGAAGCUGUGAUGAUGCAACGUUUGAGGGCCUUCGUGGCGGAAGAUCUCUCCGAGGAGGACUAUGCGGUUUGGGUCUAUGCCGAAGGUUCCUCACCGCUGCUUCCCGCGCUGCACGCCAUCUUGGGGCUGAGAAAGCUCGACGGCAUCGCAGGGCCAUUGCAAGAACAUUGGCAGAUGCAGGGUCGGCGCUGCAUGGCCACGAAGCAUCGUGACUUUCUGGACAAGCUUGAGAUGGGCGUCUCAGUUCGAGCCUACUGCCUGUGUGAAUGGCGGAAGGCAUCCGUGGAAGGCAUCGCUGCGUUGGAGGAUGCCUUCAACAAUUGCAUCGAAGCCUUGUUGAGGUACUGUUCCCUGCGGCAACGCCUGGUGAGUCGCAUGUUCCCGGACGUCUCAAAGAUUCGGCUGAUGAAUGCGGAGCAGGAGCAGGUCAUUCGCACCGGACGUGCCGUGGCAGCGGUUUGGACCGCGGUGUUUUUUGGUGGAGAUAGGCUUGGCGCUACUGCAGAUGCGCCGAGUGGCGGACUCGCAUCGCAUGCUUCUGAGCCGUCAGCACUGAAUCGGUGUGCACGAGCACGAUCCAGCGGGGGAGAAGUCGUCGUUGACCCAUCCUUUGAAGAGCUUGCAUCCUUCUUCGUGCAGUUUGACCCUGAAAAAUCUGGGCGCAUUACCAAGAAGGCGUUCCUUCACAUCAUGACCUCUUUGGGAGAUAGGUUUGAAGCAGAGGAGGUGACAGCCAUGAUGGCGGACUUGAAAAGUGACGAGGCCGUUGGGGUUGGACAUGGUGAGUUACAAGGACUUCAUCACUUGGGCUCUGGAGCGCUAGGUUCGGUCCGCUUUGCCGAUGGUUUCACCUAUCUGCGCCGGAAAAUGCAUGGCUGGGGGCGGUGGACUGAAGGAAGCGAGAGAGGGCUUUUCACUUCUCGAGCCGUCGAGGCGGGCGAGGUGCUGAUGGUGGCGCAGCCCAUCGCCUUCGCCGCGCAGAACGGGCCGCUGCUGGUGGCGGAGCUGCGGCGAAAGUGUGCCGUGUCUCAGCGCGCCCGACGGCGCUUGGAAUGUUUGGCGGACGGCGGGGCGCGAGGAUCCACCAUGUCACCUGAGGAAGUGACUCAGGAGCUUUUCAUUCGCGCAGACGAGCCCCCGGGUGAACCAACCGUGGAGGCGUCGCCUGAAGGGGACCUGCGGCUUCAAGACAUUUUGAAUCACAAUGUGGCUGGACUUGGUGGGAGAGCGGCGAAAGGAGCAGUCCAACAUGCUUUGCACAAGAAGCUCGCUGGUGAAAAUUGCAUAUGA